AUGGCUCCUUCAGCAUCCACCAGCGGCAACGGCGUGAAACCGGCAAAGAAACAACUCAAGCUCUUUGCGUUCGAGAUGGGUUGUUCGGGACUCCAGGCUCCUGGGCUUUGGAAACACCCCAAGGACAGAUCACGCAACUACAACACGAUAGAAUACUGGACCUCGCUUGCGAAGCUAUUGGAGCGCGGCAAGUUCAAUGGGUUAUUCAUCGCGGAUGUCAUGGGACCCUAUGACGUUUACAACGGGCCCGCCAACUUUGAAGCUGCCGCGAUAUCGGGCGCUCAGUUCCCGACGCUUGAGCCUAGCACAGUCGUGUCCGCGAGUGCUGCCGUCACCAAGAACUUGGCGUUUGGGUUGACGUUUGCCACCAUUGCUGAACAGCCCUACCACUUGGCCCGUCGAUUGGGCAGUUUGGACGCGUUGACUCAGGGGCGAGUAGGAUGGAAUGUCGUUAGCUCAUACUUGGAUAGCGCGGCACGGAAUUUGUUGAAUGGUGAAGGCUUGCCUCCGCACGCCGAGAGAUAUGAGCGUGCCGAGGAGUACAUCAAUGUCAUUUACAAGUUGUUCUUGAGCAGCUGGAGUGAUGACGCGGUGGAGCUCAAGGAUGGUGUGUUCACCAACCCGGAAAAAGUCAGACGCAUCGACCAUGAGGGCAAAUACUUCAAAGUCCCCGGUCCUGCUGUUGUUGAACCGAAUUUGAACCAAAGGUUGCCGGUGAUUAUCCAAGCUGGUACCAGUAGCGCCGGCAAGAAUUUCGCUGCUCAACACGCUGAAGUUGUGUUUAUCACAACGUUCUCACCUGAGGCCUUGGGCAAGCAGAUCAAGGACAUCAAGAGAAUCGCCGCUGAGAAGUACGCUAGACCCGAAGGGUCAAUCAAGUUUUUGCAGUUAAUCACUCCCAUCAUUGGUGCCACGGAAGAGGAGGCCGAGGCUAAAUACAAAGAGUAUCAAAGUUUUGGCGACAUUGAAGGUGCCCAGGCUUUGUUUUCCGGUUGGACGGGGAUCGAUAUCUCGCAGUACCAAUACGGAGAAGAUAUCACUGCCGUGGGGACAAAUGCCGUCAAGUCGUUUUUGGAGCUUUGGAACAAGAAGGCGCCCGGUGAGCCUGAGCACGUGAAAAAGACGAGAGAGCACGUUGCGAGACAAAUCACCGUUGGUGGUCUUGGACCGGUGUUUUUUGGAACCGCGCAAACGGUUGCCGAUGAAAUUGAACGGUGGGUUGACAUUUCAGGGGUCGAUGGGUUCAACAUCACCUACGCGGUCCAACCGCAGACUUUUGAAGAUGUCGUUGACUUUUUGAUUCCCGAGUUGCAGAAACGCAAUCUCUUUUGGGACGAGUACCCCGAGCAUGCCGAUGGAUCUCCUUUAACUUUUAGAGAGCAGGUGUUUGGCGAUGCUGACGGGAGAAGCGAUUUGGGGUUUGUUGCUGAGACCCAUCCUGCUCAUAAGUUGAGGUGGAGGGCCGGUGAGACUAAGGAUGAGUUUGAGAGAAGGUUGGGGAAAAAGAGAAAGCUUGAAGGUGGGGAAGAUGAGAAAUAA